GGAGGGUUUGAGAGAGCGAGAGAGGAGACAAGGAGACAGGGAGAUCGGGAGAGAAAGAGCGGGAGAGGUGAAGAGAGAAAGAAGGAGAACGAGUGAGAAGAGACGAGGGAGGAAGAGAGAAAACGAGAGAGAGUGAGAGAUAGAGAAGGAAAAGAGGAUCGUAGAGAAGGUGGGCUGGAUCGCGACACCGUACCCAAGGACGUGCCUGGAGUAUGCUGAGCAAGAUCGAGUCUUCUGAGCAAGCAGCUAAACAUCAGUUAGAUCUAAGCCUCUGAGUUCCCAGCGUAAUAGCGGGUGACAUCUUUGGUCUAACGUAGUUGCUGGAACUUAUCCAAGAAAGCUUGCAAAAGGGGGAGGGAGAUAUCAAUCCGUGAGAGUGUGUCAGAGAGCUAAGAAAUGUUGCUUGCUGUUCUCUUCUCAAACUCAGAAGGAAAUAUUCUGCUGGAACGGUUUCAUGGUGUUCCUGCAGAAGAACGAUUACACUGGAGAUCUUUCUUGGUGAAGUUAGGAGCAGACAAUCUUGAAGGUGCAAAAAAUGAAGAGCUCCUUGUGGCUUCACAUAAGUCUGUGUAUAUUGUUUAUACUAUGCUUGGAGAUGUCUGCCUUUUUGUGGUUGGGAAAGAUGAAUACGACGAACUUGCAUUGACAGAAGUCAUAUUUGCAAUAACUUCUUCAGUAAAGGAUGUAUGUGGCAAACCCCCCACAGAGCGCCUCUUUCUGGACAAGUAUGGAAGGAUCUGUUUAUGCUUGGACGAAAUUGUGUGGAAGGGACUGUUGGAAAACACAGAGAAGGACAGAGUGCGAAGGCUUAUCAGGCUAAAGCCUCCAACCGAGGUCUGAGUGUAUACUCUGGAACCUCUGUAUGGAUGUAUCUGGGGCAGGUUUAAGGCCAUUUAGUGAACGUUGAGCAUUGAUCUGAUCAAAGCGAAUAGUUGAUCACGUGAUUUUAAUUGUCAACAAGUAAUUUUUUUUUUUUUUAGAACUUGCCCAAUAUGUUGCAUGAUUAUAUGUUUCUUUCGUUGUGACUGUAUGGGAAUUGAAUACGCUCACGCCUGUUGUUUAAAUGUUUUUUAAUAAAAAAUAACCACGCAAUAGGCUGUGUGCAAUA